UCCUAUAUCUAAAUUAGGAUACAAUUACUUACCCAUGUAUCCCAUCCGAGUGAAACACAAACAAAUGAAAUCAUCUUAUCAACCUUAACUUGUAUCCAAAGUUUUUUGAAUUAAACUAGACUGGUUAAACUGGAAAUUAAUUGGGUAUUAGUUCAUAAAGGGAUAUUGAUUUUUUAUAAAAUCUGUUUAAUUGAGUUGAAUGGAUUAACUUGUAUCCCAAUUAAAUGAAAAAGAACUUUUAAUGCCAGGUUACCUCCAGCUUGGAACUCAUAACAAUGGCAAUGGUUGGAACCAAAUACUUGAAUUCUGACUAUUCAUUUAGCUGUUCUUUACAAUUUUAUGCAAAUUCGCCCACAAAAUAUAUCCCAUAUUAUCAUACAUGUGACUCAAAACAAAAGACAUAGCUUUCAAAUGCCAUUAGAAAUAACAUGAUGAGCAGAGCAUCCCUAGCGAUGGAGCGCAAGAUCCUUCGCCUCCUCCAUGGCCAGAAAACUCGAUGCAACCUCCGGCAAAUCCAUGCUCAUUUCAUCCGUCAAUGUCUUCACCAAUCCAACCAAAUCCUUUCCCAUUUUGUAUCUGUUUGUGGUCACCUCAACAAAAUGGACUACGCGAACUUUGUGUUUUUGCAGACCCACAACCCCAACAUUUUGCUUUUUAACUCCAUGGUCAAAGGGUACUCCCUUAAUGGUCCCUUUGAAGAAGCUGUUACCUUGUUUUCUUCAAUGAAAGCUCACGGGAUUUUUCCCGAUGAAUACACGUUUUCGCCUUUGCUGAAGGCAUGUUCGGGUCUUUGUGAUGUAAGAAUCGGACAAUGCAUUCAUGGGGAAGUUCUUAGAUCUGGGUUCGAGCUUUUUGGCUCAGUUCAGGUUGGGAUUCUGGAGUUAUACAGUUCUAGUGGGAGAAUGGAGGAAGCAAAGAAGGUGUUUGAUGGAAUGUCUAAAAGGGAUGUCAUCAUUUGGAAUUUGAUGAUUCGUGGGUUUUGCAAGAGAGGGGAUGUCGAUUUGGGGUUAAGUUUAUUUAGGCAGAUGAGCGAGAGGAGUGUAGUUUCAUGGAAUUCGAUGAUUUCUUACUUAGCACAGAGUGGGAGGCAUAGUGAAGCUUUGGAACUUUUUCACGAAAUGAGGGAGCUGGGGUUCCAACCUGAUGAAGCUACCGUGGUUAUUGUUUUGCCUAUUUGUGCUCAUUUAGGGGAUGUUAAUAUUGGUCAAUGGAUUCAUUCUUAUGCCGAGUCAAGCAAGCUUUAUCGAAACGUGAUUUCCGUGGGAAAUGCAUUGGUUGAUUUUUAUAGUAAGGGUGGAAAUUUGGAAACGGCCCUUCAGGUUUUUAAAGAUAUGCCUUGUAAGAACGUUGUGUCAUGGAAUACCAUGAUCUCAGGUCUGGCUUUUAAUGGAAGAGGAAAACUUGGGGUGGAGUUGUUUGAGGAGAUGAUAAACAAUGGUGAGAGGCCUAAUGAUGCGACUUUUAUAGGGGUGCUAACAUGCUGUACACAUGCAGGGUUGCUUGAAAAAGCGCAAGAGUUGUUUGAUGUAAUGAGCAAAAAUUACCAUAUUGAUCCUAAACUUGAGCAUUAUGGAUGCAUGGUUGAUCUCCUUUCACGCGGUGGAUGCGUGAGAAUGGCUUAUGACCUGAUUAGGAGCAUGCAUUUUCAGCCUAAUGCUACUUUAUGGGGUUCUUUGCUCAGUGCUUGUCGUACUUAUGGUGAACUAGAGCUUGCAGAACUUGCUGUUAAAGAACUUAUCAAUCUUGAGCCAUGGAAUUCAGGUAAUUAUGUAUUGUUGUCAAACAUUUAUGCAGAAGAAGGGAGAUGGGAUGAAGUAGAGAAAAUAAGAGUAUUGAUGAGGGAAAAGAGUGUUAAAAAAGCAGUAGGGCAAAGCAUGACAGGGUGAUUACAUUCUAAUCGUUGUACUAUAUGAUUUUGAUAAUUAUAGAAUCUGAACCUGCCUUCCUUUCCCUCCAUUUAAAUACUUUAUAUUUUGUUCCACCACCAAAUGCCAAAAGCUUAAACUGUAGAAUCUUUUGGAGAUUUCCUUGUUUUAUUCUCUGAGAAUUAAAUUAGGCGGGGCCUUAAUAUCACAUGGAUUGAUGCUGCACGUACAAAUGAUUUUGAGAAGAUUGAUUUUCAUAUUGCAAUUGAUUGUAAGUUUCUAGCUAUCAAGAUGCCUCCUACCAUUUUUCAGUGCCAAAAGCUGGUAAUCUGAAAUUUAGAUUGCAUUUAUAGAGCUGUUAUCUGUCUGGAUGCCCCCCCAAAAGGUCAGUUUUUGAAGUCUUAAGAAUCUCCAUCUUGCUAAAGUCCUCCUAUUUGAGGAUAAAAACUCAUUGAAGAAUCUUUUAUCAGGCUGUCUGGUUCUUGAAGAACUAUGUAUGGAACUCAGACAAUCAGAAUCUCAUUUUAGUAAAAACCAGAAGUUUUCUGUUAUUUCACCUUCAUUGAAGAUUCUAAGAUGGCAACGUUUAGGACACUCAGAUAGAUUUGGUAGUUUUUUAUGUUGUUGAAGCACCAAAACUUGAAUAUCUUGAUCUUGUGGAACAUUCUCUGGUGGGAUUUUGCACGAGUGCUUCAGCCUCUUUAACUUUUUGGGUUACCUUAUCAAUCAUGAAGCUUUUCCAAGGCAUCUCCAAUGCUCAAAACUUGAAUUAUCCACACGCCUUACAUUUGCUUCCUCCAGGUGGUUGAGGAAGAGCUUGAUAAUUUACCCAAGUUCUGCAAUUUGAUCCAUUUGAAAAUAUGAAGUUGCCAAGAUAUGCAUUUUGUUUCUUCCAUUCUUCAACAUUCACCUCAUUUGAUGCAUUUAAUCUUUGAUAAGGAUCACUUCAUCCAUGGACCAUUAACCCGGAGGUCUCAAGGGUCAGUUCCAAUGUAGUACAAUUCUUUUCUGAUACAUUUAUAGGAAACAGUAUUCCUCUGCUUGACUUAAGGGGGAAUUAGAGCUUGAAGACUUAGUGGUCUAAGAGCUUGUCAAUUCAUAAAUGCUCAAAUUAUGGGAGGGGAGGGGUUCAUAAGAUAAUAGAGGGGACCUGUACAUUGCACUCAAUUUAAUUAAUUGGACACCAACUUUGAGGGAUUUUUGGUUCAUGAAAGAUGAAAGGAUCCAAUAUGAAUAGUAUUGGUCUCUUCUCUGCUACUAUAAAUUGCUACUCUUCCACACUCCAUUCCAUCCAUCUAUCCAUAGUCUCAAAAAUUGCCCUUUGCCUUAUUUAUAACAUCUCAAUUCCUGAAGCUAGCAGUGAAAGCAAAAAUGAAAAGGAAGAGCUGCUGCGGUUCUGGGAACUAUGUAUGCACCCCAAAGAAGGAAGAUGUGAAACCUGAUAUUACCAAGGGAAGCCAUCAUGCUGCACCAGUUCCAGUACCUGCUGCCGUGGUGAAAACAACCAAGGAAGAGAAUGAGACCGUCAAUAUUAAGAAUGAGGCUUCUAAGCCUAAUGUUGGUUGUGGUGGGUGUAACUAGUUAUUUUUAUAUCUAGAAACAAAGUUAGAGCGGAGCCCGUAUCACAUACUACUCUUAUACAGUUAGUAUAUUAUAGUUGAAAACUAGCUUCUCACUGUUAUUUUAGAAGAAUAUUGUCAUGUUUCAGUAAUACCCCUCAAAUUACAAAUGCUUAUAUGAAGAGGUCUAGUUACCGAA